GGAGUUUAUUACCGAACAGAUAUCUCUCCCCCUCUCUCUUACACAAGUACAGCACUCAUAAUACAAUAGUUGCUCCUGUCCAAUUAUUACCAUCUAGUCUCGCUCUACCUAACUCUCUCUGUCAUGUUCCAGCGAUGUCUGUAGCCACUUCUCAGAUCCGCUCGCUUUCUCCAUUUAUCCUCUAAUGUUUGUCCUCACGAAAACCUUUUUUGUUUGACCGUGUUCAGUAAUCGUUCAAAGGUUCUCAUUCCUUUUACUUCCUGUCAGAUUGAUGAAGCUGAAGAUUUGUGAAGAAAGGAGCAUAAGAGGCUCCAAAGUUCUAAGCACAACAAUUCUGGCUUAAAGGGUUUUAUUGUUGGUUCUGAAUUUUGCAAAGAUGGACAGGUCAGAUACUUCAGGCUUUGUAAGUGGUGGAGGUAGAAUAUUGGGAAAUUUCCAUUUCUCUAUACCUUGUACCUGUUAGUAUCCUCUGUCGAAAUAUUUUCUGCCAGAUAAGCCUCUUGUUCCCCAGUGCUACAGUUUAGUGCUUCUGGACAAUGAAUCUUAUCAAAAAGGGCCCACGAUUUUCUCAUAAUAAUGAGCUUCCAAAGAAUGACUGUUUUGGUGAUACCGCUUUGAGCUUGAACUGCCUUGGAUAUGGAGGAAGCAGUUCGACCAAUGCUGAGGGCGCUGAUAAUAAUCUUAAAGUUGAUUUCUCUAAUGCUUCUGAUGACGGUUGCAAGUUGGUGCUUGGAUUGGGUCCAACACCAAGUGCAUAUUUUGAUGAUUGUUACAGCUUUGGGGUCAACAAAAAUAAAGGGCUGGCUUCUGGUGCUAUAUUUCCCAAGGGGCUGUUGUCUGAGAGCGAUUCAAUCCUAAAACUUGGCCUUUCUGGAGGGGCUAAGGAAGCUUUGAGUGGUCUCGGCUGUGCAAUUGAGGGGACUGAUACAGAUACUCCUAUGCUGAACCAAAUUUCUGGUGAUGAUAUUAGAGUCCCGAUUCCUGUUGUCGAUGAGGGUUCCACCUCAGCAAAGAAGUCUGGUGGCUAUAUAGCAUCACUUCUUUUGGCUCCUAGAAUGGAUGUUGGAAAAGCUCUGUCACAGACAGAACUUCUCAACUUUGGGACUGGAUCGCAUCAUCAAUUUCAGCUGAGCCAUGAACUACCUGCCAACGCAGAUUUCUCUGUGGGCACUACUUCUGAGCAAGCGAUUUCAUCCACUUCUUCUGACCACAGAACUAAAAUUCCAAAGAAAUGCAAGUUCUUUGGUUGCUCAAAGGGAGCACGGGGGGCAUCAGGCCUUUGUAUUGGUCACGGGGGCGGACAGCGAUGCCAUAAGCCAGGUUGCAACAAGGGAGCUGAGAGCCGAACAGCAUAUUGCAAGGCCCAUGGUGGAGGAAGAAGGUGUCAACACUUGGGUUGCACUAAAAGCGCAGAGGGGAAGACAGAAAAUUGCAUCGCCCAUGGUGGUGGCAGAAGAUGUGGGUUUCCAGGGGGAUGCGCUAAGGCUGCACGAGGCAAGUCAGGGCUUUGUAUUAGACAUGGCGGGGGGAAGAGGUGUAAGGUUGAAGGCUGCACCCGUAGUGCUGAAGGACAGGCUGGGUUGUGUAUUUCUCAUGGGGGUGGACGCCGUUGUUUGCACCAAGCAUGUACGAAGGGUGCUCAGGGGAGUACCAUGUUCUGCAAAGCUCAUGGUGGGGGAAGGCGAUGCAUAUUUGCAGGAUGCAGCAAAGGAGCCGAAGGGAGUACGCCGUUGUGCAAGGGACAUGGUGGGGGAAAGCGCUGCCUGUUUGAUGGUGGUGGAAUUUGUCCAAAAAGUGUCCAUGGAGGGACAGACUUUUGUGUUGCCCAUGGUGGUGGAAAGAGGUGUGUUGUGCCAGGCUGUACAAAGAGUGCGCGUGGCCGUACUGAUUGUUGUGUCAGGCAUGGUGGUGGGAAGCGGUGCAAGUUUGAAGAUUGUGGGAAGAGUGCCCAAGGCAGCACUGAUUUCUGCAAGGCUCAUGGCGGGGGUAAACGAUGUACCUGGGGUGAGGGAAAAUGUGAGAAGUUUGCCAGGGGUAAGAGUGGUCUAUGUGCUGCGCACAGCAGCAUGGUCCAAGAGAGGAAGGCAAACAAGACUGGUUUGAUCGGACCAGGACUGUUCCAUGGCCUUGUAUCUGCUUCGUCAGUUGCAGGGAGCAGCAUAGACACCAACCAUUCAUAUUCUGGAGUCAGUGCUGUCUCGGACUCCAUUGAUUCCCUAGAAAAGCCAGCAAAAAGACAACAUCUGAUACCAGCACAAGUACUGGUUCCUCUUUCAAUGAAGGUCUCUUCGUCUUGUACAGGUUUUAUGAAUACUGAGAACCUAGAGGAAGGUACAAAUGGCUAUGGUGCCAGCAAUGGUGGGAUAAAGGGUUGUGAUUAUCUGGUUCCCGAGGGAAGAGUCCAUGGCGGCGCCCUUAUGUCAUUGUUCGGUGGAAAUCUGAAGAAUUCAAUCGAUGGAGUUUGAAGCUGGUGAAUUCCAGUCGUCGAAAUAUAUCCAGGAAGAAAAUUUCCAAUGAUGAAAUUGUGGGCUGAAAUUCAUUGCUCCCUCAACUUUGUACAUUUGGUCACACGAAACCCUGCUACUCUCAAGCAAAGACGAUAUGAGAUCCUCUGUCCAAUUGCAUCACACAACAAGUGGCUUCCACCAUUCAGUAAUGGAAAUGGAAGGGGCUGAGGUUGGAAGUAAAUAGGCUGGUUUAAUCCAAUCAAAGUAGGGGCUUGAUUUAACCAAAUGUGUAAAUAGAGGGACCAAGGUGUGAUUUAUAGCUUGAAAUAGUGUACAAAAGUGUGAAGCCUGUGUAUAGUUGGUGUUAGUUCAUAGCGUUUAUUUGUUAAUGGCAGGAUACUGCUGUUUGAGGCACUUAAAUUUCUCUAGCUAGACAGCUCGACAUUGCUGCGUGAGGCAUUGAUUUCAUGGGAUCAAUAGCCGCCAUUGCUCCCGGCGGCCCCUCCCGCCGUGGAAUUAUUCCUCUUAUUUUCUGUGCCGAACUACCAUUUUUUUUACGUGGAAGGAUUCUUAUUACA